UGAUCUCAGCAUUGUUGACUUUACGAUAGUUCUCACCCUUCCAUGGAUGAUUGCAGAUCUUCUUCACCGCCUCCCAAGAGGAUGCAACCACAAACCAUGGAUUCAGAAGGACCAUAUCAGCUUCUCCACUGCUCUAGUAAGGGUGACAAAGCAGGUGUAAUACAAGAAUUGGAGAAAGGAGUUGAUGCCAAUCUAGCUGACUAUGAUAAAAGAACAGCACUCCAUUUAGCAGCCUGUGAAGGCUGCGAAGAAAUUGUUGUCCUCCUACUUGAGAAAGGAGCUGAUGUGAACUCCAUUGAUCGCUGGGGACGCACUCCACUUUCAGAUGCUCGCAGCUUUGGUCAUGAGAAGAUAUGCAAGAUACUGGAGGCGCAGGGUGGAACAGAUCCGGUGGGGCUUGAUUCCCAGACUCCCUGCUACGAAAUUGAUCACACCGAGGUGGACAUGGAUGAAGCAACACUUAUCGGAGAAGGAGCAUAUGGUGAAGUUUAUUUAGUGAAGUGGCGUGGAACAGAAGUUGCUGCAAAGACAAUCCGUUCCUCCAUUGCAUCGGAUCCAAGGGUGAAGAAUACCUUUUUGAGGGAACUAGGUUUAUGGCAGAAACUGCGCCACCCUAAUAUAGUGCAGUUCCUUGGUGUUCUAAAGCACUCUGAGCGCCUUAUUUUCCUCACUGAGUAUCUUCGAAAUGGAAGUUUGUAUGAUAUUUUGAGAAAGAAAGGAAGACUUGAUCCACCAGUAGCUGUUGCCUAUGCUUUAGAUAUUGCAAGAGGGAUGAAUUAUCUUCACCAGCAUAAACCACAUGCUAUAAUUCACCGGGAUUUAACUCCAAGAAAUGUGUUACAAGAUGAAGCAGGACGCCUUAAGGUUACAGACUUCGGUUUAAGCAAAAUUGCUCAGGAAAAAGAUGCAGUUGGUUACAAAAUGACUGGAGGAACAGGUUCAUAUCGUUACAUGGCACCUGAGGUUUAUCGCCGAGAAUCAUAUGGGAAGAGUAUUGAUGUCUUCUCCUUUGCACUAAUAGUACAUGAGAUGUUCCAAGGGGGGCCAUCAAAUAGAGCAGAGAACGCAGAAUAUGUUGCAGAUAAGCGAGCAUAUGAAGACUCACGGCCACCUCUCUCCUCAUUUGUAUACCCCGAACCUAUCAAGACGCUUCUCAGAAACUGCUGGCACAAGAAUCCAGAAUCGCGACCUACAUUUGAAGCCAUAAUUCUGGAGCUAGAGAAGAUCCAAGAGAGUAUGAUAAGUAAGAAAACAGCCUGCUGUGAUUGUGCUAUCUUAUGAGAUGAGUUGUGGCUUUAAUAACAACUUUUUCCUUUUACUCAUAGAUUGUUUUCCCCUCUAUGGAUUGUAUCUUUCUUUCCCCAUUUUGGUUUAUUAGAAUGGAUUCCCCUACCCUUA